GCCACCUUCACACAAGGAUGUUUAGAAAGGUGAUUGAAACGCGAAGAAAAUUUCAACAUUAAAUGGAACUCCAUUCGCCGUCGACUCAACAUUUCAAAACGUAAAAAGCGAUGAGCGAAGCAAGGAAGAAUGGUACAAAACCAAAGAUCGCGCCUUUCCGCCUCUCGACUAAACCAACUAUAAAAGAUGCGCCUAUUUUUGAGGAUGUCACUUUUACAAAGAAAAAGAAACCAAUUAGAAAGCUAAGUGCAUCAAAAGCCGACGAGAAUGCAAAAAUACCUGUUAAAGUGGACCAGAGUGAAACCCCUGGUACUUUUGGAAGAAAGACCACGGACACAAGUAAAAAGUCUCCUGGUGGAUUUACAAAAGAUUUCGGUGACCCGUUCAAGUAUAAAGUUGCCGAUCCAUUCGCAAUAAUGACCGCUGAGCCUGAUGAAGUUGAGCCUGUGGAAGAACCCGCUGUGACAGACGACGAAAAAUCUACUGUUGUUUCCAAAGAGGAAAGUGACCAGACAGCUGAAAAUGACCAGGCAGCUGAAAAUGAACCAGCUGAUUCGACACUCGUCAAAUCUGAGGAGUCAGUUGAAGUUGAUACAGCUGAUAAGGAAUCUGGUGAGACUUCUGAGAAAUUAGAGAUGAAUGAAGCUAAUGAUUCGGCACAAUUGGAAGCUGAUGAAACAAAUGUGGAAUCCAUCGAGUCAGGUAAGAUUAAUGAAGGAGACCAGGGAUACCAUCGAGAGGAGGAUAUCUUGGAGAUAAAUGCGGACAUUGAUUCUAGUACUUUGAAAGAUUCUGAUGAUGUGCUUGAUGAUGUCCUGACGAAACAGAAUAAUGACAUGACUGAAGCGAAACAUGACGAGAAAGACAAACGACAUAAAAAACGCAAGAAAUCUGAGAAACACGGAAAAUCUGAGAAACAUGAUAAAGGUGAAAAGAAGAAAAAACGACGGAAAGAAAGGGAUAAAUCUGAAGAUGAAAAUCCUGAUAAACGCCACAAGAAACAUCGACGAGAUAAUCGCAGCCGAAGCCGCCACCGAUCCCGAAGCCGUUCUUCAUCCAAAAAACGCCGUGAGCACCCUCACAAAUCCCGCGAUGAUACCCCGAAUAAACCACGAAGACAGUCGAACAGGCGAGAUUCACCCGAAAGGUUUGACUCUUUUCAUAAGUCUCGCAGCAGAUCACCCAUUCAAAGAGCGAGGUCACGUGGACCAGACAGGAUCAGUUCUUCGCCAAAACGAAAGGCUUUUGAGCGAUCACCGCCACGACAAAAGCCCCGUGUAUCAAUGUCACAUCCGGAAAAAUCCGCCAAACUUAUUACACCCAGGGAAAUCUCCCCGAGGCGUUUGAACAAAAGAGGUAAAUCCAAGACCCCUGAGGCACCUGAGGAAAGACAACCAAUAAAUAGAUCUCCCAAACGGAGGAGAAAAUCACGCGAGGAAAAAUCCCCCAGGAAAAGUUGCGGGAAUCGAUCUCCUGUUGACUCGCAAACAAAGAAGGCUGACGGGAACAAUUCUUCCUCUUCCGCCCAGACCCCUGGAGUUACAUCCGGUGAGAGGCAAAAGGAGCCGUGUGCAAAGGAUAGCAAUUUUAAAGAAUCUGAUAAAUCGAUAUCUUUAAACGCAAAGAAAUCGCCAAACAGCAAAACUCAAUUAAAGUCGUAUGUGCAAAUAGUCCCGAAGAAUCAGGCUCCGCCACCUGCACGGAUCGUUCCUUAUGAUGAUGAUGUCAUGAGCAUUUCUCCUCGAGAUAACACGGAUGAUGGCUUAAGUAUCCAAUCAGAGAACAAAAUGGUUAAUGCUCAGGAAACGGAAUCACAAAAAGUUUACAAGAGCAAAGAACUUAAACACAAAGAAAAUGAUGUGGCAGAAACAGGUAAAAAACUAAAAGUGAAAAAAAAGUCGAAGAAAGGUCAGGAGAAAAAACGAAAGAAAAAGGCACUCGCUAAGAGUGAAGCUCUUGAAAACGUUGAGAAAAAUAUCGAUGAUGAGCUGGAAGACUUGUUAUUUACAAAAACAAACAAAGAAUCGAAAGAGGAAGAUGUUUUUAAUGUUUCCGAUGUUUUCUCAGCCAAACAUAACUUACACACUGCUGUUGUUGAUGUUGAUAGGAAAAAACUAAAGACUGUAGACAGCCCAGUAAGAAAAGAGCCUCCGGAUGGCAGAGGUCUAAGCCCUUUGCGGAAAGAUCCGGCGAAAGGUAAAAAAGUAGACCAAAUGAACGAAGAAGUAAUGGAAGGUAAAGUGCUGUCGUCAGGUGUUGUUACAGAGGAUUCAUAUGAACUUUAUGAACCUGAAAGAUUAUCUGAAAAGAAUGAGUCUGAGGUUCUCCCGGAAACAGAACAGCCUGGUUUGGACCUUCCUCCUGUUACGACUGGUUUUUCCACCAUUCCAUUUCUCUCUCAUGAUGAAAAACAAGAAGGCGUUAUUGACGGCGAAUACUUUAAAAACGAUCAUAUGGAACAAACGUUUCAAAGUGAAAACGAACCGUACUCGCCUGUUGAAGAGAACGCGGACUGUGAUAUGAUAUCUUAUUCGCCCAUCGAGGAAACAGUCUCGGACUUCGGAAGUCCUAAAAAAUCCUCCACCAUGAACUUGUCUGACAUCUCUACCAAAGAUACUGUCUUUGAAAAUACUGUAGGUGUCGUAACCACUGCUGAGAAGGUUGAAGACUUCUUAGGCAGCAUACAACCACCAGAUCAGGGAGUUCAACAGAUGUCGUCCCCCACAAACGGCUUAGGAGCAAACUCUGACGAUAAUAAUGAUGAUAUCAUUGAGCAACUUCACAAAGAGUUUGUGAGGACACAACACAACAAAGAUAUUCAGCCAGGGUUUUAUAGGGAUAACCAUGUAUCCGAGACUUCUAGUCUACCGCAAGUACCUAAACAUCGCUCAAGUAGCGCGAUUCCUUUAACAACAGCUGCUAGUGAUCCUAUUGUGCAAGCUUAUGGACUUAACAAGGAUUUAGGCACGUCGUUAAAGACGAAGCGGUCGAAACGAUCAAAAGAGAAUAAGUCAAAAAAGAGUGGAAAAGAAGAGAACAAGCCUUUAGCGAAAGACAAGAAAGUGAUAGAGGACGCAUUGAAUCGUGUUCAUCGCCAGGCUCGUGUUGAAGAUGAAAUGAAGCAUGCAUUAAAGGUGUAUUUUAAGCGUAAGGAUAUUACUAAGGAUGAAUACAAGAAAAUUUUGAGAAAAGGUGUACCACAGGUCGCCAACUCCAAUCACACGAUUGACCCUGAACGUAUUCGUUCGCUGGUGAAGAAAUACGUCGCUAAGUAUAAAGGUUCGAGGGAACGUAGUUCUAAAUUAGACCCUAAAGGACAGCAGGAGAUUCCUUUUACAUUCAGUCCGUAGAAUAUUUGCAACUGAGUUUUCAUUUCCCCCCAACCUAUAAGUUAUACCCUGUAUUUUCGGUCUUGAUGACAACAAGCACCACGAAACGUUAAAGUAUGUUUGUUUUGUAAAUGGGAUUUCUUGGCUACUCAUAUUCUCCGCUAUAAAUUAUGAAAACCCUCGAUGUAAUGGCAACGCCAUUGCUUUUCCGCCAGAAUUAGCUCAAUGUCGCAAGACAAUGAUAUUCCAUAUAAUUAUUGAAGAUAAAUUCUAUAAUUUCGUCAUGAUAAAGUUACUGAAGACGACUUACAAUGAUGUGACUGAUUAGUUGAAAGUUCAGUCUAUUAUUAUAGUCGCUCUUGAAUGAAUGUUUCAUUUUCAUUUCUUAUGACGUCUAGCUGUGUUCGCAUUGCGAGCCUUCCACCUUGUUUUGAACUAGACUUUGGUAGUGUAGUUGUACUUUCUGAGGCCCGGACCAGGAGGGUAGAGCUAUCAGAACAGGUGACUCAGAUUUCAGGGCAAAUGUGCCUCCACUUGAAAGAUCUUGUCUGGUAGUGUAAUCACAUCUCGAGAAGCGGUGAAAAUCUGCAAUGACCCUGAAACGCCUAUAACAAAUAACAUGAUAUGGAAUAAAUUAUAUGGUUCGAAAUUAACAUGAAUAUGAGUAGCACGCUUGUUGUAUUUCCAAAACAAACUCACGCAUGCGCACAGAUAAAACCCCGUUUUAAUUAUGUAUAGAAAUUUUAACUAUAAUCUGCGCCUAUAAAGUAAUCUUGUGUAAAUACAUGCGCUGCAACUCAAGUACCUCUCCGCAAUGAAAGGAAUCUUCGUAUUUGUAUAGUAUACCUAGUUAAUUGUGCUUUAAUCAUAUGUCACGAUGUUUUUGAUUAAAAUUUCAGCU